AGAAAGAUACAAAAUAAAACAUUACACAAUUUAAAAAAAGUAUAAAAGCUUAAAUACAUUAAAAAAAGAAGAAAGGAAAAAAUUAACUGCUUUAAAAUGAUGACCGAUUCGUAUAUAAUAAAACUAUUGGUGCGCCAAUUUAAAACCAACGACAUGCAACACUUACUAAUGGUUUUCAUAACCAUUUUAAGCGCCAUUAGUUUCCUGCAAUGGCUGGUGAAUUUGUAUCGUGAAUUGCGCAAAUUACCACCUGGUCCUUGGGGAUUUCCCGUAAUCGGCUAUCUAAUGUUUAUGGGCAAUGAAAAACACACACGUUUCAUGGAAUUGGCCAAGAAAUAUGGUUCUCUAUUUUCCACCCGAUUGGGCAACCAAUUGACCGUGGUGAUGAGUGAUUACAAAAUGAUACGUGAAUGUUUUCGCCGCGAAGAGUUUACCGGUCGACCAGAUACACCAUUUAUGCAAACUUUAAAUGGAUUUGGUAAGUCUAAAACAUCACCCAAACACAUGCGACGUCCCACACCGAAGGGUAUAAAGUAUUCAGGUUUACGUACUUUACCUUCCGAGUCCAAGAAACGUCGAGGAUUGAAUUCUUCUGGUUUUUCCCAGAGAUUGGGGUCCAUGUGUACGCUGUUGAUGAGGGGUAUAACAUGA